AUAAUCAAUAAUCAUCCAUUAUUUUCUUUUCAUUCUCACUCUCUUUCCUUUCUCUCACUUCACUUCACUUCACAACAAUGGUGUUCUUACAAAAUCCCCAUUAUACCAUCACCAUUAUGACAUUCUUCUUUAUCUCUAUCUUAAUCUUCCCAAUUUAUACUCUCAACAUACCUCAAAUUCUUUCUCAAUACCCAGAUCUCUCAGAUUUCACUUCCCUCUUUAACUCUACUGGAAUUUCCGACGAACUUUCUAGAAGAUCCUCUCUUACUAUCCUCGCCGUCCCGAAUUCCUACCUCCGUUCUUCAACCCCAACUUUCACGGAAGAAUCUCCAGAAACUCUAGCCGACGUUAUCCGUUACCAUAUCCUCUUACAAUACCUUACUUUCCCGGAUCUUCGUCAAAUCAAAUCCACGGGUCUCAUAAUCACGACCCUUCUCCAAACAACCGGUAGAGCUCCGAACAAUCUCGGAUCCUUAAACGCAACAUUCAACCCACCAAACGGUGUCGUUUCUUUUCACCCGCCUAACAACAACUCUAUUUCCUCCAAUGUAAUCUCUCUCAUCAAAACUGUGCCGUAUAAUCUCUCAAUCUUCACCGUUGAUUCAUUCCUAAUUCCAUACGGGUUCGAUCUAAUGGCAUCAGAGACCCGGCCACCUCCACCCGGAUUAAACAUCACACGGGCAUUAAUCGAUGGUCAUGCUUUCAAUGUUGCUGCAUCAAUGCUGCAAGCUUCAGGGGUAGUUUCGGAAUUCGAAGAAGAUGAAGGUGGUGCUGGAAUUACCCUUUUUGUCCCUACUGAUGAAGCUUUUGCAAAUCUACCAUCAAAUGUUGAAUUACAAGCUUUAGCAGCAGAUAAAAAAGCUUUAGUACUGAAAUUUCAUGUUCUUCAUAGUUAUUAUCCAUUGGGUUCACUUGAAUCGAUUGUUAACCCAGUUCAACCCACUUUAGCAACGGAGGAUAAUGGGGCGGGUAGUUUUACCCUAAACAUUAGUCGGGUAAACGGGUCGGUUGCGAUUAAUACUGGGAUUAUUCAAACAACAGUUAUUCAGACAGUAUUUGAUCAAAAACCAGUUGCCAUUUUUGGGGUUUCAAAUGUUCUUUUACCUAAAGAGAUUUUUGGUGAAGGAGGGAAGGGUAAAGGGGUAAAUUUAAGAGGUGGAAGUCAAAGUGAACCGUAUAUGGCGUCACAACCACCAGCAAUUGGGCCGGCACCGGAGAGUUAUUCGGGUGAAGAGUAUGGUGGGCCGACUCAUUUGUCAUCCCCACCCGGUUUUCGAGAAGGGUUGUCUUCAUCUACAGGAAAAAGGAAUAAUUGGGGAUGGAUGAAGAUGAUGAUGUUCUGUAUAGCAUUGUUGUGUGUAUGGAUAUUAUAAGUCCAGCUUGAUUGAUUUUGAAUUUUCUUGGUAAUUAUAUAUAUAAUUUAUUUCAUUUCUUUUUAUUUUUGGUGGGUUUUUUUUUUUAUUUGAUGAUUUAUAGUUGUAUACAAUUUAAUUUUAUAAUUGGAAUAUUAAUUGUACUAUUCUAUAUAUGUUAGUUUUUAGGGUUCAAAAAAUUGAGGAAUUGUGGAGGAAUUUCUGGUUCUUUCUAGGUGUAGAGAAAAGAGGAAAGUGUUGAGAUAAAAUGUAGGGAUUGUGAAGAAAAAAUUCAAGUAAAUUAAUCAAUUUUCUCAUAUUUGAGAGAUUUGUUAGUUUUUUUGGGUUGUAUUUAUUUUUGUUUUUUAAGAUUGUAGUUUUAAAUCAUGAGUAAUGAAUUUUAAUUUCCAUC